ACGAGGAAGAAAGGGCAAUCCCUCUGGCUCCAAGGCAGAUCGCUAACCAUGAGGGUUACAGUGCGCAGUUUGUCUUACCGUUGCCGAUCGCGGGUCACCACGCCCCGGGAGUCGGGUCUCUGGAACCAUUGCAUGUGAGCCUGAUACCAAGAUUUAGCUGGGACCCGGUAGCCUUAGGGUCUGCCGGUUUUGCACCGACUGGAGCCGUUACUGUGGACCGUAGCUAGCCCGUUUCUAUUAACCAGGGUUUCAGCUCUGCUGGCCACACCAGCAAGCUGUCCUGCUCGCACGAUCUGUUGUGCUCAGCUGCCUUUCCUAAGUCCGACUUCUCAGGCGCUUCAGCUAGUUUUAAGUUUGGCCAGGACAUCUAAGGGCGCCAUUUUUGCCGCUGAACGGCUUUGAUGCUCUCACGUUGUCUUGGCUCCCUUGAUGUCGAAGCAGGGCACAAGAAAAGUGAGCGCCGACAUUUACGAUCGUUUGCUCCGGGUAGUUGAUUCGAGUUGCAAAUUAUAUCUGCUUUUGUCAGGCUUCAAAUCUCUGUCAUUGAAGUUGGUUGACGCUGAGCUUGCAGCAGAGCAGGAUUGCUAGGUAAAGUCUGUGCAGAGCAGAAAGCAGUCUGUAAGUAAACGAGCACGGCUAUCCAAGCCGGAUUGCUUGGGCCCUAGAAGGCAGGGUAGAAAUAGGAGUCAGGCACCAUGAUGAACCAUGACAAGAUAUUUCAGCUGGCCAAGGGUAUGCGGGGCCGGGCCAAAAACUGCAUAAGAGUAGCAAGGGAGAGGGUCGAAAAGGCGCUGCAGCAUUCGUACAGGGAUCGGAAGGAGAAGAAGCGGGAGAUGAGGGGCCUGUGGAUCCAGAGAAUAAAUGCUGGGACACGACAGCAUGGGAUGAAGUAUAGCGACUUUGUGCACGGCUUGUCAACACAAAACGUCCAACUGAACCGGAAGGUGCUCUCAGAGCUGGCGAUGCACGAGCCCUACAGCUUUAAGUCCUUGGUUGAGGUGGCUAAGAAGCCAAACGAGAUCAGGCAUCACUCACAACUUUGAGGCAAAGGGCUCGUACUCUGGUGUCAGAGUCAGUGUCCCCUCAAAUCAUGUUGCUUCUUUAGAUUCUUUGGAUCAGUUGACUUGAACAGAGUCUAAGAGGUUGAAUGGUCGAAGCUCGACUCCUUCUAAGAAACAGAGUCUAUGGAAUGACAAUCAUAUAGGUCAACUCAUUGAAUGUUGGUUGAUCCUUCUUUUCGGUCAACUCAUGCAUUGAAUGUCGGUUGAUCCUUGUUGUCAAUGGGUACUUGGUGGUUGUUGGGUGAAACUCAGAGGCCCCCUGGACAUAGA